UGAUUUAAAGUCUUUGUCUGCCGCAGGUUCAGGGCCGUUAGUUGCUGCCGACGACCCCACUGAGGAUGAAGAAGGAAUUGGAUGAUUCUGUGGUGGAGAUGAAGAUGCGAAGCAGAAAUAGAGGAAGAUGAUACGACGGACAUUAUGGAAGACGAAAAGGAAGAGUGAAGAGGAGGAAAGAAGAUUCGACCUUUGGGAACCGAAGGCUUCUCCCAGCGCCGACACGGUCAUACUGUUCGUGAGGGGAGAUGAUUUCCCCGCGAACAACAUUGUGAAAUUCUUGGUUGGAUUCACGAACAAGGGCAAUGAAGAGUUUGUCGUGGAAUCGUUGGAUGCUUCAUUCCGUUAUCCUCAGGACUACCAGUUCUACAUUCAGAAUUUCACCGCGCUGCAGCUGAACACGCUGGUGCCGUCUCAACGUCAGGCAACGUUUGAGUAUUCCUUCAUCCCCGCCGAGCCCAUGGGCGGUCGGCCAUUUGGAUUGGUCAUCAACCUCAACUACAAGGACGCCAAUGGCAAUAUUUUCCGUGACGCAGUUUUCAACCAGACUGUUACAAUAACUGAACGUGAGGAUGGCCUGGAUGGGGAAACCAUCUUCUUGUACAUGUUCCUGGCUGGCCUCGGCUUGCUUUUCGUGGUCGGGAUUCACCAGUUCCUAGAGUCGAGAAAAAGAAGACGGCCAAGUUCUAAAGUGGAGAUGGGGACGUCUACCUACAACAAUGUGGACAUGAGCUGGAUUCCCCAGGAAACCCUCAAUCAGAUCAACAAAACCUCCCCGCGGAGGUCCCCCCGUAAACGAGCGAAGAGAACGGUGGGUUCUGACGAGUAGCGGCCGCAGUUGUCCCCCACCCUCAGUGUUCAAUCCUGUCCACUUCCACCGACUGCUGGAGAUAGAUGCGGAGACUGCAUCCAAAAAUAUUCAACCUAAUCAACGGACUGAGCGGCAGAAUGUUUAUAAACGCAUUUUCUUUGGGAAACUUUCCAAAGUGGGGGGGGGGGGGGGGUUGGAAAUUUGCUGAAUUUUGCCAUCUCAACAUGUUUUAUCAACUUUUUUUUUCCCCCUUCCCAGUUUAAAAAUAUUGCAGCCGGAUUGUUUUAAUGCGGACGAUGUCACAAGGCAAAUAGUGUUUUUUUGUUUUGGCUGACGUGUGGCUCUUUAGAUCCUCACGAGGACUCUGGUUCUGGCCGCCAAGUUUUUUGUCCGUGCCAGCGCAGAUCACAGACGUGGGGGGGGGGGGGAGAGAAGAGUCUUUUGUUCACCUGCGGAACAGUCCGUAAAAACAUGUUGACAUGUCAUUUGACUUGGCACACCGACACAAUCGUUGCAUCAACUUUUUUUUUUGUUGUUUAAUCCUGUUUUAGUAGCCGAGCGUUUGUACUGUGGGACAACAGCUCCGAACACAGUGUGCAGUCAAGGUGGUUUAAACUCAUUGCACAGGCAUGGCCAGCAUAGUGUCAUAGAAAUGAGCGGAAACCUAUGAAAAGACCAUCCGUAUCCCCGGAAGCUCAAUGAGUUUGCAACUUUCCCGGGGCAGGUCGCAUCCGAAUGAGAAUUUUAUAUAUUUUGUUUCUUUGACAAACUUUGGGGGUUUUUGUUUUGUUUUUUCGGAGUGAGCCCUGGGGGCGGGGACGGGGGGGGUGUAAAAUUAAUGAAUUGCAAAGGGACACCUUCCUCUUUACUCGGGAGACCAUUCAGCACGUUACACACGGGUGGAGUUUCAGAGACUCCCGCGUUGAGAAGUUGGAUUGCCUGAAACAAGCUGUUUUUAAGUGGAUGAGACCUCAUUAAAGUCAACAAACCCGUG